UGUGAAACAAAGAAGCACCAUUUCUGCCUCAAGACGCAUGUAAAGAGGUACAGAUAUUGAUGCUCUCAACAUCUAGAUGGAGCCCUCAGGCAUCCCAGAGUCCACCACCUAUUUUGAUUAUGAUCCUCAGAGCUUCCUGUGUGAGAAAGAGACCUUCACCUUUGCCACCUUCAGCACCACCAUCCUGUACUGCCUGGUGUUCCUCCUCAGCCUGUUGGGCAACAGCCUGGUGUUGUGGGUCCUGGUGAAGUAUGAGAGUCUGGAGUCCCUCACCAACGUGUUCAUUCUCAAUUUGUGCCUCUCAGACCUGGUCUUCUCCUGCUUGUUGCCCAUGUGGAUCCUGGCGUACCACUGGGGCUGGGUGCUGGGAGACUUCCUCUGCAAGCUCCUCAACCUGCUCUUCUCCACCAGCCUCUACAGCAGCAUCCUCUUCCUGACCAUCAUGACCAUCCACCGCUACCUGUCUGUGGUGAGGCCCCUCUCAUCCUUGCGCGUCCACCCGCUCCAGUGCCGCGUGCUAGUCACCAUGGCAGUGUGGGCGGCCAGCAUCCUAUCCUCCAUCCCCGAUGCUAUCUUCCACAAGGUGUUUCCUUCAGGCUGUGAUUAUUCAGAACGCCGGUGGUUCCUAGCCUCAGUCUAUCAGCACAACGCCUUCUUCCUGCUCUCCGUGGGGAUUAUCCUGUUCUGCUACGUGGAAAUUCUCAGGACCCUGUUCCGCUCGCGGUCCAGACGGCGCCACCGGACGGUCAGGCUCAUCUUCACCAUUGUGGUGGCAUACUUCCUCAGCUGGGCCCCCUACAACCUGAUCUUGUUCCUGCAGACACUGCUGAAACUUGGGGUCAUCCAGAACUGCCAGGUCAGCCAGCAACUGGACUAUGCCUUGCUUAUCUGCCGUAAGGUUGCCUUCUCCCACUGCUGCUUCAACCCUGUGCUCUAUGUCUUUGUCGGGGUCAAGUUCCGCAGACACCUCAAAGGUCUGCUCCGGCACAUCUGGUUCUGCAGGCAACAGGCACCCAGCCCUCCCCCGUUCCCUCACCCUCCAGGUGUCUUCACAUAUGAGGGCGCCUCCUUCUACUGAAAGGGGAUUUGGUGGUGUGCAUGGAGGUGGACAGAAUUGCCGGAGGGGAGCAAGGAGAAGCAGAGCAGGAAGGAGCGUGGCAGAGGCGUGACCUUGUGGAAUGCUACAGCUGCAGGGGCAGGGUGAAAGAAACACCUCGCACCAAUGUGCCUCCUGCCUCUGCAAAAGAGUGACUCCCCACCUGGAAACUGUAUCCACCUAGAAAAUGGUUUUUUGGCUUGGGUUCAUCCUUCAUUCCUCCAUUUAUUCAUUAAUUUAGAAUGGAUUUAUCAUUGCUUAGUUCAGAAGGCUCUCAGACAUGAAAGAGUUCUCAGAAAGAAGCAUCCUUCAAGACUUUAUGAGGAUCUGAAAUUCAAUGUGUGUGAUAAUCAUGCAGAUGCAGGCUGCUGACAAGAUGGUCUCUCCCCCACCUGACUGUAGGAUUGUCCUCGGUGGUUUUGGCUCUGUAUUCCUCAGUGACUGAUGGAUGAGACUGGAUCGAAGGCAGGACAAAAGUAAUCACAUCCUCAAAUAAGCCUAGUCAGAAAGAAAUGUGGAAACUAAAAACCCACAAUUGGACUGGAGAUGUGUUUUGCAUUGCAGUUCCAGUUUCUAGCACAUGAACUAGCAGUUGCAUAUUUAGUCCAUAAAUCUCUUACUGAUGAAAGAAUGAUUGCAAUUAAGUGCCACUUUCUGCUUGAUGCACUUAUUUGGAAAAUAAAAUGAUGAUGAGGUAUGGUUGCUCUCCUCCAGGUGUCAAUAGUCCAGCUGUGAAGGUGCAAAUAAGUAAACACCUACCUGGGCAAAGGCGUCCAGAGUGAAGAUUCAACAGCUGAAGAACAUCUCGUCCUAUCCAGGUGGACAUUGAACUGACACUUCAGAUUCACCCCUUUCCACCCCAAGUGGUCUCUCCCUACUUAGUUGAUGGCACCAGCUUCCCCAGAGUCAUGCAUGCUCCAAACCUGAGUGAUCUUAGAGCCACAUUACUUUCCCCCAACUCCUAUGGCCAAGUCCUACUGACUGACAUUCCCACUUGUUCUCGCCUUUGCAGACCCAUGGUUCCAUCCCCAGUCAGCCUCACUUCCUCAGCAUCUGUGUUGCGCAUCUCUUUCCCCACCAGCAGGCCUCUGCAUUGACAUCAGGGUGCUCCAAAACCUGUAGUGGCUUCUCAGCACAUUCAAAUAAGGCCCAAACACCUUAGCAGUCUUUCUGGGCCCCUACAGUCUGAUACCAACUACCUUUUCCAUUCUUAUUCCACUCUAAUCCUCCACCCCAAGCAGCUUGGGAUCUAACCACUGGCCCAUUUCCAGUCACCCUUCUCCCAGUCUCCUCUGGGCCUUUGUCAUGCUGUCACCUGGGACGCUUGUCAUUCUACUCCUUAGCCUAUAAGCCUCAGCUGCAAGGGCAGCUCCUUCAGGAAGCCCUCCCCAGUCAGUCUGCAAAUCAAAAGAACAUUCUCUGGGUUGCUGUGGCACUCUGCUUAUCCCCUCUAAAGUAGUAUUUGUCACUUGCCACCAUGUAUAUGUCAUAGUUACACACUUGUAUGUCCUAGCUGCCUGCCCCACCAGACUGAAAGCUGC